AUGAUGGUCGAUGUCAUGCACAUACCAGGACUUGACAAAAGAUUGCUGUCCGUUGGCAAACUGGCAGGACGAGGCAUGAGGGUGGAGUUUCAAAGCUCGUCCUGCAUCAUUUGGAGUGCCAAGCGCGCGAUUGCAAGCGGCAAGAAGAUUGGCAAGGCGCACUCCCUGGAUUGCGAACAAGAAGAAGCCCGGCUUAUAGAAUACGCAGGGGCUGAAAGUGAGUGGGAGCUUUGGCACGCUCGCUUGGGACACCCCGGAAGAUCUGGUAUGGACAAGACACAGCGCGCUACGAGUGGUAUGCCGGCGGUAAAGCAGGGCAUCGAGAAGCUGUGCAGUGGAUGCAUGAAGGACAAGCUGACGAUCAAUACAUUCCCGUCUCAAUCGCUAACAAGGACGUCACGUGUGUUGGAACUAGUACACACGGACGUGAUGGGACCGAUGAAGACGGUCUCAAAGGGUGGUGCACGAUUCGUAUUGACAUUCGUAGACGACUACUCAAGAUUUGUGGCAGCGUACUUCAUGAAGCACAAGAGCGAGGUGGCCGCAAGGCUUAGCGAGUUCAAGGCUUUCUAUGAGAAUCAAUGGGGCAAGCACUUGAAGUGUAUACGGUCGGAUAAUGGGACGGAGUUUGUCAACAAGAAGAUUGCCCAUAUAUGCGCCCGUAAUGGUAUCAUGCACCAGCGGACAGUACCAUAUAGUCCGCAACAGAACGGCGUUGCGGAACGCAUGAAUCGCACUAUCAUGGAGAAGGCAAGGAGCAUGCUGUACUACAAGGGUAUCGACAUGCAGUGUUGGGUAGAGGCGGUCAGUACGGCUGUGUACUUGAUCAACAGAUCCACAAACUCUGCAAAUUCGGACGUAACACCGUUCGAGGUUGGUUUCAAGAUGAAGCCGAGUAUUGAGCAUUUGCGUGUGUUUGGAUCGCAAGGGUAUGCUCACAUUGACGACGCCAAGAGGACGAAGCUCGAACCAAAGAGUUACCGGUGUAUGUUCCUCGGAUAUGCGGAGAACACCAAGGGAUACAGGGUGUUCAAUCUGGAAAGGUCGAAGGUUGUCAUAUCGCGCUCCGUAAAGCUGGACGAGCGGGAAGUUGAAGGCAUAUACGACACGGUGGUACCAGAUAAAGUACCAGUCGUCAAGUAUAUUAGGGACACUGAUGAAGCAGUGAUUCCGGUGGUUCGUCCGUAUGAUGGAGACGAGACGAUGGAAAAUGUCGAAGAAAGCGCUCCUGAUGUCGAGAUGGACGAGAUAGAAUCGGCUCCAUUCGAAACAGGUAUCAUCAUACCUCAAGUACUCGAUCCAGAAACUCAAGAACCAAGAGGCGAUGAGAUAACGGGAUAUCAAGCUCCGAGACAAGCUUUUCAGGAGGACAGGUUGGUAUUUCAGCCGGAGAUAAAUCGGACAAGACGCUCGCGAGACAGAAUGCUGCUGCUUGAGAAUGGGAAUAGCAGUGAAGACACGUCAGAAGGUAGCGAUGGACCACCUUCUCCAAAGCGUGCAAGAAUUGAUGACGAAGGUCUCAUUACAGAGGCUGUAUUAGCCUAUGCUGCAAGUGUUGGCGAGGCGGACGACGCUCCAUCAACAUACAGCCAAGCGUUAAAAGGCGAAGACAACAGCAAGUGGAUUCAAGCGAUGCAAGCGGAGCUCAAGGCGCACGCCGAUAACGGGUCCUGGACACUGGUACCAAAACGGCAAGACAUUCGACCAAUCGGGUGCAGAUGGAUAUUCGCUAAGAAGCGAAACGAACACGGACAAGUGGUGCGCUACAAAGCUCGACUCGUCGCAAAGGGGUUCAAGCAGAAAUUCGGUGUCGACUUCUUCGAGACGUACUCUCCCGUGGCAAACAUGAACUCGAUCAGGGUUGUGCUAGCUGUGGUGGUGACAAAGGGAUACGUCACUGAGCAGCUGGACGUAGACACGGCGUUCUUGAACAGUGAUCUCAAGGAAGAGGUGUACAUGGAAGUGCCAAAUGGCAUAGCUAAUGCGAAGAAGAUGAUGUGCAAGUUGGACAAGGCAAUCUACGGUCUCAAGCAGGCUGCAAGUGCGUGGAACAAGACAAUCCAUGCUGUAUUCUUACAGAUCGGAUUUCGUAGCAGCGGAGCAGAUCAGUGUAUCUACGUCAAGCAUCAAGAUGACAACUAUGUCUAUGUUUGUCUCUACGUCGACGACAUGAUCAUCGCCGCCAAGACCAGCAGGGAGAUUCAAGAGAUCAAGACAGCACUCAAGAGCUCAUUUCGUAUGAAGGAGCUAGGCAAGGCUAAAUUUAUUCUUGGCGUGGAGAUUGAUCAUGACCACAACUGCAGUAAGCUGAUGAUUCGACAGACUCGAUACAUCGAUGAUGUGGCCAGCCGUUUUAAUCAAGAGGACGCAAAGGCAGUGGUCAACCCAUGCGAGUCCGGCCUGAAGCUGUCAAAGAAGCAAUCCCCAACAACGGAUGUCGAUAGAGCAGAAAUGCAGUCAAAGCCGUACAGGUCGCUGAUCGGAUGUUUGCUAUACAUCACGACAUGUACGCGCCCAGAUGUGAUGUAUGUCAUCACGCAGUUAUCAAGGUUUUUGGAGAAUCCAGGUCAGCAACAUUGGAAGGCAGCCAUUCGUGUUCUUCGGUAUCUCAAGACGACAAGAGACUACGGGAUAAUCUACGACGGCAGCGCUAGCGAAGUAACAGCUACAGCGUAUACGGACGCGGACUGGGGUAGCAACAUCGAUGAUCGACGCUCCGUGUCAGGGAUAAUGGUGAUCAUCGGUGGCGCACCAGCCAUCUACAAGUCCAAGUAUCAACGCACGGUGGCUCUAAGCUCUGCUGAGGCAGAGUACAUGGCUUUAAGCCUGUGUACACAGGAAGUGUUAUGGGUUCGUGCGCUGCUUAAGGAUCUAGGUCACGAGCAAGUGGGAGCAACGUGGGUCUGGGAAGACAAUCAAGGAGCAAUUGGGCUUGCCAGCAAUGCCGGCUACAAUGCCAGAACCAAGCACGUUGACAUUCGUCACCACUUCAUCCGGGAGAAUGUGGCCCACGAUAUCAUCGUGGUCAAGUACAUCUCCACCAUGGACCAAUUGGCCGACAUGCUAACGAAGGCUCUGGGGACCAAGCGACUGAACUAUUUGAUACAAGCAAGCUGCAUUGGACCCAAGGGCAUUUAG